CAAAAGUGCGAGACGUGCCAAGCAAGGCGGGCGGAGAUCGAUCGAGAUCGAAGAAUUAGUUGCAGUGAUUUAAUUGUUUGCAUGGCACCGACGACGACCAUGGGAAGCGCCUUAUACCCGCUCGGCGAAAUGCGGCGGUCGCAGCGCGCCGACGGGCUCGCCGCCGUGCUCGCCAUCGGCACCGCCAACCCUCCCAACUGCGUUACCCAGGAGGAGUUCCCCGACUUCUACUUCCGCGUCACCAACAGCGACCACCUCACUGCCCUCAAGGACAAGUUCAAGCGUAUCUGUCAGGAAAUGGGCGUGCAGAGGCGGUACCUGCACCACACGGAGGAGAUGCUGUCCGCACACCCGGAGUUCGUGGACCGCGACGCGCCGUCGCUCGACGCGCGGCUGGACAUCGCCGCGGACGCCGUGCCGGAGCUGGCGGCGGAGGCCGCCAAGAAGGCGAUCGCCGAGUGGGGCCGCCCGGCCGCCGACAUCACCCACCUCGUCGUCACCACCAACUCCGGCGCCCACGUCCCGGGUGUCGACUUCCGCCUCGUCCCGCUCCUCGGCCUCCGCCCCUCCGUGCGCCGCACCAUGCUCCACCUCAACGGCUGCUUCGCCGGCUGCGCCGCGCUCCGCCUCGCCAAGGACCUCGCCGAGAACAGCCGCGGCGCGCGCGUCCUCGUCGUCGCCGCCGAGCUCACCCUCAUGUACUUCACCGGGCCCGACGAGGGCUGCUUCAGGACGCUCCUCGUCCAGGGCCUGUUCGGCGACGGCGCGGCCGCCGUCAUUGUCGGCGCCGACGCCGACGACGUCGAGCGCCCGCUGUUCGAGAUAGUGUCGGCGGCGCAGACGAUCAUCCCGGAGUCGGACCACGCCCUGAACAUGCGGUUCACGGAGCGCCGCUUGGACGGCGUCCUCGGGCGGCAGGUCCCGGGGCUCAUCGGGGACAACGUCGAGCGGUGCCUCCUGGACAUGUUCGGCCCACUUCUCGGCGGCGACGGCGGCGGCGGGUGGAACGACCUGUUCUGGGCGGUGCACCCGGGCUCGUCGACGAUCAUGGACCAGGUCGACGCGGCGCUCGGCCUCGAGCCCGGCAAGCUGGCGGCGAGCCGCCGUGUGCUCAGCGACUACGGGAACAUGUCUGGCGCUACGGUGAUCUUCGCGCUGGACGAGCUGCGCCGGCAGCGCAAGGAGGCGGCGGCGGCGGGUGAAUGGCCGGAGUUGGGAGUGAUGAUGGCGUUCGGCCCGGGGAUGACCGUUGAUGCGAUGCUGUUGCACGCCACCUCUCAUGUGAAUUAAGUUAAUUAAUUUUGUUUCAUGUAGUGGUUAAUUGGAUAUAAUCCGGGGUUACCGGAAUUAUAUUCAGUGAAGCCAAGAAUUAAGCGUUUCUUCAGCUCGUUUUCUGACCGAAGUCGGAUGUGCCACGACGUGGGAUAGCGCGUUUGUUGCAUCGUGCGUUUUAAUCGGUCAUGUUUGUGUGUAAUAUGAAACAAAAAAGAAAAAGAAGAAAAGUUUGUAGUAUGUAACAAACUCCCACUUGAGGAGAUCAAUAAAUAAAGGAGAAAGAAGAUCAGAAAAGCUGCGAAUUUUGCAGCACCAAA